AUGUUCAAGCCCCUACCAUCAGAAUUUUCCAGAUAUGCGAUCAACUACCAUGUACAUGCAUUGUUGAUCACCACCAUCAUUAACCACCAUCCCUUCCCUCCCUCGCAUCUUCCACCUGUCUCUCAACCCCGGGAGCCUGUCCAGGUCAUCGCUCGUCUAAACUUCGCCAUGUCACGCGGACUCCACGCAUCUUCCAACAAUGUGGGCUUACCUUAG